AUGCGGAGGCAGAAAAAGGCCUGGUGGUUUCUUUGGGCAAGAAAUUUAUUGCUUACAACCAAGCUAAAAGCCAAAGAUAUUGGAGAAUAUGAUGAUAUAAAUGAUGACAUAAAUAAUGCCAUAAAUAGUAGCAACAUAGCUGAUACCAAUGAAGUGUCUACCAACAAACUUGAUGAGGUUAAAACCCAUGAAGCUAUCAAUGAAUAUGACGAUAUUGGAGAAUAUGAUGAUAUAAAUGAUGACAUAAAUAAUGCCAUAAAUAGUAGCAACAUAGCUGAUACCAAUGAAGUGUCUACCAACAAACUUGAUGAGGUUAAGACCCAUGAAGCUAUCAAUGAAUAUGAUGAUAUUGGAGAAUAUGCUGAUAUAAAUGAUGACAUAAAUAAUGACAUAAAUAGUAGCAACAUAGCUGAUACCAAUGAAGUGUCUACCAACAAACUUGAUGAAGUUAAAACCCAUGAAGCUAUCAAUGAAUAUGACGAUAUUGGAGAAUAUGAUGAUAUAAAUGAUGACAUAAAUAAUGCCAUAAAUAGUAGCAACAUAGCUGAUACCAAUGAAGUGUCUACCAACAAACUUGAUGAGGUUAAAACCCAUGAAGCUAUCAAUGAAUAUGAUGGAGUGGAGAUGAUACAGGGUACAAAUAUUGAAAAUUCCGGACCGAACAAGAAGAUUGUUUUUUCUGGGGUUGAAAUUAAUCAUAUGCUGAAGAGUCGAGUGAUGAGAAUUAUGAUGAAGAGUAGGAUGCCAGUUAUGAUGAAAUAGCUUCUGACUGAUUCUGCCAAGUAGCAACAGAAUCACCUGAUUACUCCUCAAAAGAUUCUGAUUCUAAAUAUAAGGAACAGCAACAUAUGAAACGUUGCAUUGGUA